CCCUCGCGCUCUAUCUCUAUCACUCCACUCCGUCUCAAUAUGUCUCAAGAUGGCGGCCAAUGCGGGAUCGAUGUUUCAAUAUUGGAAGCGCUUUGAUUUACAGCGGUUGCAGAAAGAUCUGGAUGCUACGGCUGCGGUGUUGGCCAACCGACAGGAUGAGAGCGAGCAGGCCAGGAAACAGCUCAUCGAUCAGAGCCGGGAGUUCAAGAAGACCACACCAGAGGACCUUCGGAAGCAGGUAGCUCCACUGCUCAAAGGCUUUCAGGCAGAGAUCGACGCUGUCAAUCAGAGGAGCAAGGAGUCAGAAGCUGCCUUCCUACACGUCUACAAGAAACUAAUUGAUGCUCCAGACCCGAUGCCGGUGCUGGAGGCGUCCCAGCAGCUGCAGCUCUCAGCCCAGAGGAUGCAGGAGGUGGAGACGGAGAACCAGAGGCUCCGGGCGGCCCUGGAGGGCUACCAGCAGGACCGGGCCCAGCUCCACCGCUACGAAAUGACAAUUAAAGCACUUAACCAGCAGAUAGAAGGGUACGAGAAGAGCUCCCGGCAGACCACGCAGCCGGGGGGAGGGCACCAGCGGCUGGAAGGAGAGGCCCUGGAGAGAGAGGGCCUGGAGAGAGAGGCCCUGGAGACAGAGGCCCUGGAGGGAGAGGCCCUGGAGACAGAGGCCCUGGAGACAGAGGCCCUGGAGGGAGAGGCCCUGGAGGGAGAGGCCCUGGAGGGAGAGGGCCUGGAGAGAGAGGCCCUGGAGAGAGAGGUCCUGGAGAGAGAGGCCCUGGAGAGAGAGGGCCUGGAAGGAGAUGGCCUGGAGAGAGAGGCCCUGGAGAAAGAGGCCCCGGAGGGAGAGGGCCUGGAGGGAGAGGCCCUGGAGGGAGAGCGCCUGGAGGGAGAGGCCCUGGAGACAGAGGCCGAGGCCCUGGAGGGAGUGGCCCUGGAGGGAGAGUCAAAGACAGACACGUUCAGGGACGAAGAGGAGAAGCGAGAGCGAGUUUGCGCUGAUACUGAGGACGAGAGUAAGCAUAAAGAGAGAGGGCACCCUACACCUUCGGGCCGGGAGGGGGCUGACGUCAGCGGCCGACACCAACACACAGCACUUGAAGUGAAGCAGACGGAGGACCUGAACAGCAAGUCUGACAAAGAGUCGACUACAAAGGCAGACCACAUGAAGGAGGUGAUGUCAGAGCUGGAGGUAGCCAAUCAGAGAGCGGACGCUGCGGAGCGGGAGGCCACCGCGCUACGGGACCAGCUGACGUCGGCCCACCAGUCCCUGCAGCUGGCCACGCAGGUCCAGAAGGCUCCGGAUAUGGAGAGGGCCCUGGAGGUGCUGUCGCGCUCCAACUUGGAGGUGGAGCUCAGCACCAAGGAGCGCCAGGUGCUGCAGCUGACGGAGGACGUGCAGACGCUGCACAGCAGCCUGGGCCGCGUCAGGGAGACCUCCGCCGAACAGAUCGGCCAGCUGAGGCGAGAGCUGGAGACCCGCAAGGCCGCGCUCAAGCGACUGGAGGAGAAGCUUGGCGAACAAGCAGACUACGAGAACAUCAAGAAAGACCUCCGUUCUCGCAAGUCCACCGAGUCUGGAACGUCAAACUGUUUGUCAGCUCAGGACUUCAAGCCCAUGGACAUGUUAUUACAGGAGAGGAGUCAAUACGUAAAGAUAGAGAAGUCCUCUCUGAACCACAACAAUAGUGAUUUGAGUGCUGCGUCAGGGCAGAGAGUGACGGAGGCGCUGCAGCAUCUCCUCUCCAGCCCCAUGAUGAACCACCAGAGCCGACAGGACUCCCCCCCUCCUCCUCCACCUUCCUCCCAGCUGCUCGUGCGCACCAGCAGCUCCUCCGCCAAGUCCUCCAACGAGGAGCCCCACAGAGCCGCCAACGGCACCCACCGCUUCUCCCCGACGGGCGUGGGGAUCGUCGGGGGCCAGGACUUCUUCACCCCGUCCUCCGUGGCGUCGGUCGGCAGCGCGGCCUUCCCGCUGUCCGGGAAGAUCGCCCUCAACUCCCUGCUCCACCGGCAGCUCAUGCAGACCUUCUACUCCAAAGCGCUGCAGGACUCGGUGUCCUCCCCCGGCGGCGGCGGGCUGCUCUUCUCCCCCGCCGCCCACUACCAGCCCCCGCCCGGGCCCGGGCCCCACCCCGCGGCGCAGGCCCACGGCCAGCCGCCGCCGCCGCCAGCCUCCGCCACGGCCAGCCCCGACGCCAACGGCCCGGUGCCGUCCCCCAGCCAGUCGGAGGGGGCCGGGAGCGCCUCGGAGGGGGAGGACAUGGACACGGCGGAGAUCGCGCGGCAGGUGAAGGAGCAGCUGAUCAAGCACAACAUCGGCCAGAGGAUCUUCGGCCACUACGUGCUGGGCCUGUCCCAGGGCUCCGUCAGCGAGAUCCUGGCCCGACCCAAGCCCUGGAGCAAGCUCACCAUCCGGGGAAAGGAGCCCUUCCACAAGAUGAGGCAGUUCCUGGCCGACGAGCAGAACAUCCUGGCCCUGCGCAGCAUCCAGGGGCGGCAGAGAGAGCACCCAGGCCAGAACCUAAACCGAGUGUUUCAGGAGGUUCCCAAGCGAAGGACCGGCUCUGAGGGCUCCGCCAGGCCAGGUCUGUUCUCUUGCCUUCCCUGUCCGACCUCGUGUGGUCACAGCUCUGCUCUGCUUUGUUGUUGUGGCGUCCCCUUUCACUGUGUUGGUCUCUGUCCCGGAAUACGUUGUGGCCUGCUGUGUUGGUCUACAGGUAACAUCACCACCCGCAUCCGCACCCCCGAGACGGGCUCAGACGAAGCCAUCAGGUCCAUCCUAGAGCAGGCCAAGAGGGAGCUCCAGGUCCAGAAGUCUGCGGACUGCCUGCAGUCUCCCUCCCCCGGGGGCGGUGGCGCCGAGGGCUCCGACGACGCCAUCACCAGCAUCCUGGAGCAGGCGCGCCGGGAGAUGGAGGCGCAGCACGCCGCGCUGGAGCCCCUCCUCAAGGCCUCGUCUAGCGACCUCUCCCUGCUCCCGCCCAAACUCUACCUGGGCGCCUCGGCGGGCCUCUCCCAGGCCGCCUUCUCCUCGCUCUCCUACGCCUCGCUGAAGAGGGCCGCCGCGCUCAGGCCCGCCUCCUCCUCGCCCUCGCCCGCCGCGCCCUCCCCGGCCGCCAUCUUGGACUUCCACCUGGGCGUCCCGGUGGUGAAGAGGGAGGCGGGGAGCGGUGGUGGGGGGGGAGGAGGCGGUGGCGAGGGGGCCGCGGAGGCCGACGGUCUGGCCAGCGGCAGGCCGGGAGUCGCGGCACGGGGGUCCUGGCGGGAUCACUGGUGGAGCAGCAUGCAUCCCCCCGGAGGGUGGGCCAAGACGGAGGAGCCCAGGGACCCGGAGGAGAGCAAGGAGAGGCCGGCCCGUCCAGCCGGCCCCGCCCUCUCCUCCUCCUCCUCCUCCAUGGACUACUGGAAGGAGUGGCCGCGGGCCGACUCACCGUACUCCCACGCCGGGCCCGAGGCCACGGGCCCCCUGAGCCACGCCGACACGCCGCACGGCACCCCGUCCCCGCUGGGCCUGGGGGCCAGCCUGGGCGCCCUGGGGCCCCUGCUGCCCUCCGGCGGCUCGGCCAUGGCCACGGCGGCGGCGGCGGCGGCGGGGGCCAAGGCCCCACGGCCGGCGGUGGCCCCCCUGAAGCCGGAGCAGUACGAGCUGUACAUGUACCAGGACGUGGACACGCAGGAUCUCACCCAGCAGAUCAAGGACAAGCUGGCCAAGAACGGCAUCUGCCAGCGCGUCUUCGGGGAGAAGGUGCUGGGGCUGUCCCAGGGCAGCGUGAGUGACAUGCUGUCGCGUCCCAAGCCCUGGGCCAAGCUGACCCAGAAGGGCCGGGAGCCCUUCAUACGGAUGCAGCUGUGGCUCAACGGCGAGCUGGCGCAGAACGUCCUGCCCCUGCAGGGCCUGGCCGUUACAUUGGAGAGCACCCCCAGGACGUCGGCCAGCUGCAGCCCGGCCCAGUCCCCCCUGAGCUCCGUGGAGGACUCAGUGAGGAGCCUGGGGGAGCCCGCCCCGGGGGUGGCUGCGUGCGACGGCGCCCCGCAGGAGGCCAGCGAGGCAGGGGAGGAGCGGUGUCCCAGCAGCCCUCCGCCUAUGCCCGGCCUGGCCUCGGGCCUCAGCGUCCAGGAAAUGGUGGCCAUGUCCACGGAGCUCGACACCUACGCCAUCACCAAGAAGGUCAAGGAGGUGCUGACGGACAACAACUUGGGCCAGCGUCUGUUUGGGGAGAGCAUCCUGGGUCUGACCCAGGGCUCUGUGUCCGACCUGCUGGCCCGGCCCAAGCCCUGGCACAAGCUUAGCCUGAAGGGCCGUGAGCCCUUCGUCCGCAUGCAGCUGUGGCUCAACGACCCGCACAGCGUGGACAAGCUGAUGGACAUGAAGCGCCUGGAGAAGAAAGCCUACCUGAAGCGACGGCACAGCCUGGUGACCGAGGGCCACGGCAGCACCGGGGAGCUGGGCUUUUCCCUGGGGGACUACAGCCCCCAGCCCCACCCCCACCAACAGCCCCACCAGCAGCAGCAGCAGCCUCCAGGGGGACACCUCAAGAAGCCCCGUGUGGUGCUGGCCCCCGAGGAGAAGGAGGCCCUGAAGAGGGCCUACCAGGAGAAGCCCUACCCGUCCCCCAAGACCAUCGAGGAGCUGGCCUCGCAGCUGCACCUCAAGACCAGCACCGUCAUCAACUGGUUCCACAACUACAGGUCUCGGAUCCGCCGGGAGCUGUUCAUCGAGGAGAUCCAGGCGGCGGCGGCCGGCGAGAGCCGCAGGGCCGCCGGGGGGGAGAGCGACUACUGCGACGGCACCGAGUCAGAGGGCACGGCGGACAGCAGCCGCCUGGACCCCGCCCAGGAGGGGGGCCUGGACCCCGCCCAGGAGGGGGGCCUGGACCUCAGCCAGGAGGGGGGCCUGGACCUCAGCCAGGAGGGGGGCCUGGACCUCAGCAUGGAGACGGGAUGCGGGGCUCUGGACAGGAGCCAGGCCCCGCCGCGCGUCCCGGCCCCGCGCGGCGGGAACCCCAGAGAUAGCUCCCUGCGCAAGAGGAAGGCGGCCAACCUGAACAGCAUCAUCCACCGGCUGGAGAAGGCGGCCGGCAAGGACGACCUGCACGACUGGGAGUUCUGAAGCACUCAGGAACCUCUUUUAGCAAUAAGGCCACGGCGCAACACAGGAGAUGAUAUUUUUUAUAGUGCCCUGACACACGACGUUGGACCCUGGCACACUGGCGGCCAGUUUCUUCUUUGUUGGUACUUCUUUUGUAUCGUUGAAGAUGUGGUUACGUUGCUUGGCGGUGUAGGUGGUGGUUGUUGGGGGGUGGGGAUGUUGCAUCACAGCAUCUCUUAAAUGGACUGGUUUCCCCCCCCCCCCCACACACACACACACACACACACACACACAAAAAAAAGAAUUUGAAAAAAAAAGCACUUCCAGCAAAAGCGGCCCUUAAACGCCGGCGAGAGGUUUGAGUUAGAGACAAGCCCCGGUGUCGCCUCAUCAAGACUGUUUCACUCCACAGCAGAUCCACCUCAAAGGGAACAAUAGAUCAGAUAACCCAAGAGGACCGAGGUACACCCGUUCUCUCCCAGUGCACGGUGUCUGGGACGUCUCCAAGUAACUCACCUCUCUGGGCCCGUCACAGCCAUCUAAUGGCCUGGGACCACUCUUGAAGCUGUGGACUCCAUACAAGCUGUAUUUAUAGUAACCCAUGUACCGACUCCCCCCCCCAAUCAUGACUCUCAACAGCCAUUUGGUUGCCACGAAGAGAUUGCACAGUCAGUUGACUCUAAACAAUAUUAGUUUUUGACUCAUACAUUUUUGAUAAAAAUGAAAAAGUGAAAAUACUAAUCAUUUGUUUUAAAGAAAUUGCUAUAUAUACAUGAGAAUCACACUUUGUUUCAAGCUAAACAUGAAAUGCAAUAGUUAAGUCAGGAAUUAGGCUACGAUCUUGUAAUAACAUACGUUUAGGUUUCCUUUGUUCCCAACAUAGAUUGUUUUGUUAUGUAACGCACAGCUUGUUGCUAGCUUUAACAACGCUGCCAGGGGCAGGACUAUUGGAGGACGGCAGUUUAUUUAAUACGCUUUGUUUUAAGGCCAAAAUCAGGUUGGAGUAGGAAAACCAGAGGAAAAAGGAAAAGAGAAUUGAGACAAGAAAGCCAAUACCCUUUCUAUAUGUUUUGAUUGUUUGUCAAUUAAGAACUUUUAACAUAUUUAACUAAAACAAAAAGGACACAAACACACGUGCGCACACACACACACAAACACACUUUCAAGACCUCGUAAUCUUGGCGGGCCGUGGGUCCAAUAGCCACAUGCAGCUCAUUGGUUGACCCCAAAGGCAAGAGGGCAUUUCAUUGGAUGAGAGACCCAGAGAUGCAUGGCCUUCUUCAUCAAACACUUCCUGUUUUGUUUUCCGUUUCUCAACUUCAGCUGUUACUUGGCUGUGUGUCUGUGAGACCUAGUAUCUCACACACCUGCACAAAGAGCGCCAAUAGCACACACACACACACACACACACACACACACACACACACACACACACACACACACACACACACACACACACACACACACACACACACACAUACACAUAUACACAUACACAGCUGCCCCGUACUGAUGCAAGUCACUAUUUGUAUGUCAUACCUGGUUCAGAGUGCCUGUCCACUGCCUUCCCUUCACCUCUCUUUCCCCUUUUGAUGUUAUGGGAAUGUCUGUGUUGGACAGUUCUUACAUGCACUUUUUCCUGUGCUUGUGUAUGUGUGUUUGUGUUAGUGGGUGAGUGAGACUUAUUAAUAUGCAUCCUGUGACCAAGCAGUCUUUUCCUAAUAACUCGACUAGACUGGGGUAUCCUCACUUGAACCGGUUACUGCCCACGCACACACACAGACACAGACACUCACACACACACACACACACACACACACACACACACAAACACACACAUACACAUACACACCAGACACACACGCGUAUGGCUCAGAAACAGACUUGUACCAAGGAGUUGUUCGUUCUACUGGUAUAACAGAUUCACCGCUCAUUAGGUCCUUAAACCAUUUAUUUAAAAGAAUUGUAUGUUUUUUCUUAUCCUUUGUCCAUUCAAAUUAUUUAUAGGUGCUUUUUUUUUUACAUUCUAAUAUCAAGUAUAUAUUUUUUGUGUUUUCUCAUUAUUUUCAUUAUUCCUAUUUUCAUUAUGUUGUUAUUGUUAUUCUCACGUAUGAAGGGACAGUAGAGGUGUUGUUACAUCGUUUGUUACAUAAUUGUUGUUUUACUAACAGACUGCCGGCAGUAUUGGGUCAUACUUACAUACACACAAGAUGUAGAUGUCGUUAAAUCCUAAAUAUACAGUAUAAAUAUAUAUAUAUAUAUAUAUAUAUAUAUAUAUAUAUAUAUAUGUAUAUAUAUAUAUAUAGAGGUAUAUAUAUGUAUACGUUUUUCAUGUUGGUUUUAAAGUGUAAUUUAGAGUAGUGUUUACAACUCUGCAUAGUGUGAGUUUAGUUCCUGGUCUCUGCAUGCUAUUCUUAUUAUUUCUUGUGUGACGCAGUGUUUCUCCACCCCAGACUCAACGCAUUGACCCCACAUGUCGGGCCCUCUCUUUAAGAAGGGUCCAGGUCAGUAAGGGGUAACCCAUCAUUUCACCUCAUCUCGCUCCGUUGGAUCACCUUACCUUACACCCCUCACGACUGAUGUCACCGUGUUCCAUCUUUUACUCCGCAGAAGGGCUGUAACACGGAUUCUGUUGAAGGUUUAUCAAGAUGAAGUCUCCCCCUCCCCAAAGUUCACCUCAAUCAGGACACAUACCUCCAAACCAACAGGGCUUAUUGCAAAACAUCAGCUUACUUUGCUUCAGCAUUGCAUUGGCCUCCGUACAGCUCUCCUGGUGACCCUGAAUCCCGCUAAAGCAUCGCCCCAACGCCCCCUAAACGUUACUCUUAUGUCCCGGUUGAGAACCGGGCCUCCUCAAGUGCCACGCUGCACACAGGGCCCGCUUAAAGCAGCCCUGUUCAGCUCAAUGAUUGGACUCUAAUGAAUUGAUGGAAGCACAAGGUCACACACACUCGGUCUCACUCGUUGAUUUAACACUCUAAAAUGACGCAUAGCACACAACUUAGUGGGAAAAUUGACAAAUAGUGCCUUUGUGAGCCCGGCUUGAGUUUUGACUUGAUUAAUAAUGAAUACUCAUAAAGUUCAGUUCAUUUGAAGUCACCAGUUCUUACAUUUUGGUGAAUAUUCUAUAAGGCUAUGAAUACAUGACAAACAUUCAUGCAAAGCAUACAAACAUAAAAUGUAGCAUUUCCAUGUUCAUCCUGGCAGCGAUGCCAAUGCAUCUUGUUGCAUCGUAUCCGAGUCAUUCUCCCUUUACUUGUACCGCAUGUCUUUAAGUACAAGGAUAUACACGUGUUGAACACCAUUCUGAGCACCUGCGUUUGGUUGCCAUUAUCAAGUUUUUGGCAGCUGUCAUUUUUUGUUAAGAGCAGCACACUCCAAAGCUGAAAGAAGCUCCCACUCAUAGAUACCAAAGUAGCUUAUUGGAAAGUCCUCUACAGAGUGGCACCUCGUGGUGGGGUUACGAGCAGUAGGGGACCUGAUCUGAGUGACAUCCAAGAAGUCAGAGAGGACCAAAAACAGGUUGAAUUCUAGUGUUGUAUGUUUUCAUUAUACUCACAUGGUUUAAUAUCUUAGUUGCGAGGGCUGUAUGUUGUCAGCCUAACAAACCUUGACAAAGGAACUCACGUUAAGAUAAAGAAAGGUUUAGAAAUAAAGGGGGGGAGGUUUUAUUCAAAAAAUUGUUGGCAAAGCAGAACAUUUUGAGAGUUUGAUUCAGAAGAAUUCCUGCAUUGCAGAGAGUUUUUGUGGCAAAACAACACUGAUAGCAUGGUCUGGACCAGUUUGUUUCCUUUAUUUGCAAUGGUGUUGUUAAAGAAAAACAUGUCAAAGUGUCAUUGCAGAAUCUGCGAUUCUCUAGACACAUUUCAGGAAUUUGCCUUUUGCAAAUAUUUUUCUAUAGAGCUAAAUCAGAUUGCUAUUGUGAUUAUACACUGUCAUAAAAGUGUGCAGGUGAAAUAUCCUCAUGGAAGUACUUAAACAUUAGAUUGUUUUAUGAUAAUUAUAUUCAAAUAUUGUACUGUUUUAUUAUUCCACGUGUCCAAACAUACUUAGCUAAAAAUGAUAAAUUCCCCAAACCUCAUUUGCCUUUUAAUAUUUUACCUUGUAAUACAGUUGUCGAAUAUUAUCAUCAGUCACAGUUGGCAAGAUGGCUUUCAGGAUGGUAUUCGUAACGUAUAGGUUAAUAAUAGAUGUGUCUGUAUUUACUCCACUCAUCAAUUUCACUUCCAUCUUUAAUUAAUUUUAAAGGACACAAUAAUAUUACCACAUAAAAAACUACACCUGCACAGUACGAUUUUGUUUGACCUUUUUCACCAAAUUAUUAUUAUCUAAACUUUUUUUCUCCAGAGACAAAACAGAUUGAGGCAGAACCAAUCCAUGUCAUGAAUGCGCUUUGGGUUUAUAGUAAUAUUCUUCUAUUUAUUUCAUAACAUUAUAAAGUACAGGCUGCAGUGACUGGGCUGGUGUUGAUUGGUUCAAACAGCUCAACCAUCCUCAGCAUUCUGAAGACAUUCAACAUUUAGAUUCCCUGAUUAUUGAUUUAAUUUCAACGGAAUGUUUCGAUGCUGACGUUAAUUUUAGAUUUCCGAAUUUAUUCUUAGAAUUCUAGUUUCAAAAUCGUUUUAAACCCUUCUCUGUGGAACCAGGUCAAUGUUUGUGUUUUGUGUUUUAUUUUAUUUUGAAAAUAACAGAAAUUGUAUGGAGAAGCUAGCUACACCUGCACCUCACCAAUACUACUACUACUUAACCAGGAUUAUAAGCAUCCUUUAAGGUGUAUAUUUCAACUGAUAACAAAGAUUCUAUAUAUUUCUUUCUUAUUUUUUGAGCACAGUGGAAAGUGCCACGGGAUUCUAAUAUUGGACUAUUUUGUAUUGUAUAGGGUUGUAUUUUAUUAGUUAUUUUUGUUCUCAGGCAUCUAUCAACGAUUAAUUCAUAACGGAUAGUCAGUCACAUCUGUGUGCCGUCCAAGCCGAUUCCAACCUCAUGAUUGCUAAUGUCUGAACUCAUUCAUCACUUUUAAUGAUGGUUAUUUUCCAAAGUCUGUUACCAGAUACAAUUUAGGUAUUUUAACGGAAAUCUUUGACUACUUUUGGUUUGACCUAAUGUUGAUUCUCAUUCUUAUUUUAUAAAUUAGCUGGCUAAACGUUUUGUACCAAAUAUAUUGUAAGAUGUUAGCAUUAUGUUCCAUUCUCUAUUGAUUAGCAACUUUAUUGAUGGUCUCCUAAUCUUGGGCCUUUGCCACUAUUUUGGAAAACCAUAAUUGUAUAGUCAUCAGUUUAUCAUCAUUUUCUCAUCCAUAUUGUUUCCUGAUUCUUUCUGAUUACGUGUCCUUAUGUUUCUGACUAACGCGUUACAAAUGAAAGCCUGCUUCAACCAAAAAGUGUCUUAUCUAAUGCAAACCAUUACUAAUAUCAGAGGAUUAAAUCACCCUUUCACACACUUAUUUAAGAAAGAUUAGGUUUGAGGCAUUUGUUUUGGCAUUAUCUGUGUGUCUUUCCUUGUCCUGUUCCCUUGCAUUUUUAAGGACUUUAUUAUCUUUUGUUCUGUUAUUUAUUUUUAUUUUCUCAACAGACUGGCUCAACUCACUCAGUCUCAGCUGGUCUCAUGUUCGUCUUUUAAAGCUCAGGUGGGCAUAAACCAUUGUAUUGGGGGACAGACUGCCAAACUCUCUCUCGCUCUUUCUCUGUCUCUGAGUGAUGUUCAAAGAUGUUACUAGCUGGUCUAUUUUUUAUAUUCAGAGAUGGCUAGACCCCAAUCUGUUGUCAUUAACUGAAGCAAAUGUAACCGAUAGUCCUAUCACUUUUAAUGGUUAUGUAACUUUUCCAAAUGUCUCUUUCUACAAUGUAUUGAUACUCUGGUCCUUUUUUUGUCACGUUAACACUUUUUUUCCCAGCACUGUAUGACAGCUCCUAUACAAUAUUUGAAAAGCAAUAUCACUGUAUGAAAUUCACUAUGUGUUAUUGUUAUUACUAUUGUUAUUAUUCACUAGCACACUAGGUGUGAUUAUUGAAGUAAAUAUCUUUUAUAU